AUGGAGGAGCUCAAGGCCUCGUCGGACAACGGCGGACGGAACUGGAAGGUGCGCGUAUCCACGAAAUCGAAGAAGCAGGAGCAGAAGGAGCAGAAGUCGGGCCGCAAGGGCCUCCGCAAGAAGGGCAAGGACCUGGGCAAGGAGGAGCGCAAGCGGCAGAAGAACGGCGAGGGGGGCGCCCUCAUCUGCUUCAAAGUCAUCAAGACCAACCAAUACGGCAAACGUCAAAAGAGGAUAUUGGCGUUGAGUCCGUCGGGCGUGGCGAACAUGAAGGGGAAGCAGAUCCAGUGGUUCGUGCGGGCGGAGGACGUGUACCGGAUCACGCAGAGCGAGACGAACCCCAAGUCCUUCAACAUCACCUUCUUCCACCACUACUCCUUCGACGCCGAGACCUCCGAGCAGGCCAGCCGCGUCAUCGACGCCCUCAAGGGACUCGGCCUGGGCCAAAUCCACGUCAAGUCCGCCGCCGCAACCGCCGCCGACUCCGCCAACGGGGUGGCGCCGGCGCCGGCGACGACGGACGAGGAUCGGGGCGAGCAUCAGGGCAGCAACAACAACGAGCAAAAGUUCAAGAAGGACAUGCUCUCCCUGUCGCCCUGCGGCAGUCCCAUCGGACCCCUCUCCCUCCUCGCCACCAGCACCGCGGGUGACGCUGCGUUUUGGGAGAAUGAGGAUGAAGAGGGCGAGGAGGAGGGCGAGGGUGAAGGCGAGGGCGAGGAGGAGAAGGCGAAGAAGGAGCGGCAGCUGUCGUUCGAGUCCAAGCUCUACGGGUACCAGAUGGAGAAGGAGAAGGAGAAGGCGCAGAAGGAACUCCAGCAGUCCAUGCAGGGCAACAAGAGGACCGCCCUCGAAGAUUUCGAGCUUCUCAAGGUCCUCGGCAAGGGCAGCUUCGGCAAGGUGCUGCUGGUACAGAGGCUGGACAACGGGCAGAAGUACGCCCUCAAGAUUUUGAAGAAGUCGGACGUCUACAAACGCAACCAGAUCGCCCACACCAACACCGAGAAGAACAUUCUUUCGACUCUCCAGGCACACACAUUCCCCACAUUCCCGAUACUUCUCUUCCACCCGUUCGUGGUCAAGCUGGCCGCUGCGUUCCAGACGGACGAGAAGCUUUACAUGUGUCUCGAGUAUGUCGAGGGCGGCGAACUCUUUGUUCACCUCAGACGGUCGGGCUGCUUCCCAGAGCACGUGGCGCGGUUCUACAUCGUGGAGGUGAUGCUGGCGCUGGACUUCCUGCAUCGUCACGACAUCAUCUAUCGUGACCUCAAGCCCGAGAACAUUCUUCUCGAUCGCGAGGGCCACAUCAAGCUCACCGACUUUGGGCUGUCGAAGACGGGCAUCACGAGCGUGGGCGGGCAGGGCGACGGGCAGACGGCGCGCACCUUCUGCGGGACCCCCGAGUACCUGGCGCCGGAGAUCAUCACCGGGAUCGGCCACGGCAAGGCCGUCGACUGGUGGUCCUGCGGCAUCCUCCUCUUCGAAAUGCUCACCGGCAAGCCGCCCUUCUACUCCAAGAACCGCAACACCAUGUACCUCAAGACCAUCAAGGGCACGGUGGAGUGUCCGGAGUAUAUGUCGCUGGAGGCGGAGAGCCUGGUGAAGGCCCUGCUCACGCGGCGACCCGAGGACCGGCUGGGCUCCGGUCCGACGGGCGUGGCGGGCGUCAAGAAGCACCCCUUCUUCGCCAACGUCGACUGGGACGCCUACUCCCGCCGCGAGGUGAAGCCGCCCUUCAAGCCCCGCGUCGAGGAGCAAGUGCGGCCGUCGGCGGCCGAGGACCCGUUGGUGGUGAGCGAGCGGGUGGAUUGCCGAUCGUCGCUCUCGCCCGACUCCGUGGCGGCGUCGACCUACUUCAAGGACUUCUCGUGGGAGGCCUCCCUCGCCGACACCGAGUCGCGCAACAAGGAGGACAACGACGACACCGCCGUCCACCCGUGA